AUGUCAACUCCGAAACUACGAUAAGGCAUUUGAAAAUGCGAAAAAUUAUUGCAAAUGGUGCACUUUUAAUGUUGCUGCUUCUCUCUCCUGCUUUUGCCCACAAGAUGGACAAGAAGCGUUCCGUUUCUUUAUCAAGUUUGACCUACGAUGACGAACGCAAUGAAGGAGGAGAUUGUGCCAGUAGGAAAGAGAAUUCCAAUGCCAAGAUACCCUUUAGCUCGAAUACCAAGCAGAAGGCCUCUUGCAUUGCGAUGAAAGCAGCACAGGAGGCGAAGGCGGCUUCCGAUGCCCAACUGCCCGCUGCAGAAAAUGCAGCACAGCAGGUGAAAAUUCAGUUGGCCGACAAGGCGCUGGCAGCGGCAAAGGCCGCCGAGGCUGCUUUGGCCGGUAAACAGCAAAUCGUUGAGCAGCUGGAAUCGGAAGUGCGCGAGGGCGAAGUUGUUGUCCAAGAGGAAGCCGGUUCGCUGCAAGCAUCGCAGGGCAACUGCAAUGCAGCUGCUCAGUCCGCGAAGCAGUCGGGUAUUCAGCUAAAGGCUCUCGGAGAAGCCCUCAAGAAUGCGCAGGCAAAUGUGGUCAAUUCGGAGCAGGCGGCCAGCGGUGCUCAGCAGGAGUUCGCCGAGAAACAGCAGCUAGUGGAGGCGGCCAAGAAGCGUGUGGAAUUGCUCCUGCAACAGCUCGAUGCGGCGCGUACGGAUUAUCAAAGCACCAAAAGAGCUGCGGAACGUGCCGCUGGCGCCGCCCAGGAAGCCAAGCAGCGUGCAACUCGGGAGCGCCGAAUGGUCGAAAUACGCGUAAAGCUGCACAAGCAUAUUAAGAAUCAUUGAUUCGUAUAUGCAAUGUUAUUUAUAUUUUAAUUAUUUAUGUUUUCAACAUUAACCACAAAAUUCUAUAAUUUAUUUCAAUCACAAAUACUCCAGUAAAAACGUA